AUGACUGAUAUACCAAAAACCAGGGCUAAACAGUGAGUUAUGCAGCCGUUAAUCUGUACUAUAAGCUUCUUGCUCGUGCUGGCCAUGCUCACGGCCACCCUUGGCCCCUUCGUCGCCAUUGCACAUAGAGCAUGCAUGUUUGAUGAACUGAUACACCUUGUGUCUGUUUCCAGAAUUACUGCCAGUGACUCGCAGCAAGGGGGAGCAGAAAUAAAGCUGGAACUCAGCGUUGGCAAAACCAGGACAGACGAGGAAGUCAGAAGCAACGCAUUGACAGGUCCAAGACUGGCUUUUGGAGAUGCAGUCGUGGAGGAUUCUGGAAGCAGGACGAGCUCAGGUGCAAAAUAUUAUGUUGGAAAAUGCGGGCAUGGAGGAGAGAAGGACUCGAGUAUGAACUGUAACUUUAGAAGUAGAAAGCCUCUACCAAAGGUUUACUUUGAUGGCCACAUUCCCUUCGCUGCUGAUUACCUUUCACCCCGGCCGGAAACACGCUCCCAAGAACAACUAGAAGAAGUAGAUAGGUUACGAGUUACGACUAAAAGAAUAACUGGAGAAUAUAAGAAAUACUCAACUAAUUCACGUGUGCCGUCAAACCUAAAGGAUAGUAGUAGCUCCCGGAUGCAGGCAGGACCAUCCAGGAACAGAGUAAAACUAGAAGGAAGCACGUCAGUGACAGCACUGAGCAUUCCAAAUCCUCAACGUCUAAGAACAUUGCCAUCGAAGCACCCCAGGAAUUCAAACGCAGGCUCCAAAAAAGAACUGAGGGAUACAGUAGUUCACAGAACCUUACGUAAGAUUAAUGAGGAUUGGAAGGAGAAAAUGCUAGAGGCCAGUGAUGAAGUUCUAAAAUUUCUUAACAAGGAUUACCAUGGCUCUCCCCAUAAGAGGGGACAUGUUCACAACUGAGAACGAACAAGAUGCUUAUGCCAAAUCCUAGUCUUGUAAUUUAACUUAAUGCUCUAAUGAUGAGCCAGUAUGAUAUACUGCUGUUUUACUUUAUCAUGUGUAACAAGGAAUAACGCGCCCCCAUUCAUGCUUAUUUUUCUCCAGUGCGCCAUAUACUAUAUGAUUCUAUCAAAAUCUUGAAACACAUCCUUUUAGAGAUCUAAAGGCAUAGUCAGGCGCACAGUAACCAUCUUCGGGCUAGUUUGAUGACAAGGGAAUUAGA